ACCUGGUGUCCUGGUCCUGGAGUUCUGGAGUCCUGGAGUCGAGGAGCAGCACUUCUGCUGCCGGAGGCGCUUCCGAUGAUUGUGUCACGCUGCACAAGAGAACGUGAGAGAGAGUGCGAGUGCGAGUGAGUGGAUGGAAGAGCGAAACGAGCACCAGCAGCGGCACCAAACUCCAGCCCGAGUGGGCCUUCGUGUUUUUAGUCUUCGCCGUGAAUGCAAUGCGAGCGGUCGGGUGCGAGUGUAGCAGGAGGGAAGUUUCUCGUCGAGCGUGUCGAUCCAUCCUUUCCUCCGUGUGUUCGGUCCGUCCGUCGAUCGUCAGCGAUAAUAGCGACAGUGUGUAAUAUGUUGUUACGACGAGUUCGGGCAUAGGGCAAGAAGAAGGAUUGUGUGUGUGCAGUUUUUUUUUCCGCUUCCGAUAUUCCGAGUCCCGGGAACGACGUUGACUGCCCCACCACCGGAAGUGGCGCUUUGUGUCGGUGGAAAAUUUAUAAGAGUGCCGUUUCAAUCUGUGAGCGAAUGAGCCGAACGGGGAUGUGAAGUGAAAAUCCUCGUAUUUUUGUCACGAGAGAAAAGUGUGACCCCAUCCUCCGACGUCGAGUGGGUGGAUGGUAUUGUUGUGCCGGCCAAGCAGGAAUAGUGUGCCAAGAAUAAAGGAAGAAAAGUGGGCUCUUCUGUGUGGAGCCGGUCGGAUGAAUAGUUUGGUGUAGCUGGAGGAUACCUCCCUAGGUCCCGCCCCAUCCCUAGGUCCCGUCUCGUAUAGUUUCAGAGGCCAAUUUUCCGUGGCAACCGUUCAGAAAAGUCAGUGCAGUGUGGGAGGAAUAUUUCAUCAAUGGUUUUUAGCCGGUGGCGCACAUCGACCCGGCGACAAGAAGCAAACGUGCAAGAGUUAGUGGCUUUCCAGCAUACACGUGUGUAAUAUGUUGUUCCUGAGCCUGAAGGGUUGGAGCGAAGAAAACCGAGUGUAAUUAAAAAUUUAUUGAAAAAAUCUUAAUUAGAAAAGAAAAAACCAGAAGCGGAAGUGUGCAAACGUGAACCGGUCGGUGAAAUUAUUUGCUCGAGCGGCUGUCGCUGUUGUGGACGGAGAAGAAAAUACGAAAGGACGACAAAGUGAUUCUUUUUUUUUUUCAUUAUUUUGUGUGGGAUUUUUGUAAAGGACACACGUGAUUGUAUCGGCGACAGCGUCAGGAGCAGCAGCAGCACUAGGAAGGAAGACAGCAACGGUUACUUCAUUGCUGCCAGCGGAGCAACGCUUUCGUCAUUGAAUCCGUUUUUGCUGCCGUCAAAAUCUUCCAUUGACGUUCGAGGGCCUCUGUACAGGACCAACAACGCGCGACGGUUCACCUAUCCGUUCUUAUCGUUGCGGCCGUUCCAUCAUCUUGCGGUGUGAGCCGUGGCGGUGAUGUAUUGUUACACGCCAGGACGCCAGUAACUCUUUCUCCGCCGCACGGGGGGCACAUCCUGUGAAUGGUUUUGUUCUCAUCCACUGGUCCGCCCGUGUUUAGAGUGUGCACACAAACGAGAGGAGGCCCCCGAUGAGUGAAUGAAGUCGCCUGAUCCGCCAACGAGCGACAGACAGCAGCAGACCUUACCUUUUUUUAUUCGAAACCAGAAGCGUGGAAGCAAAGGGAGAUAACAUGAGCAUAAAUAAAGUUACACUGUUUCAAUUAUUUAUUAUCGUACUCUCGGUCGGAGUGGUAAUUGGCUCCAAAGUGAAUAAAGAGCGCCAGCUAAGGCAGCAGCAAAAGCUGCUGGGUGGCGAGGACAAAGGUCACCGCUCCGGUUUCGGUGAGGAUGCGAUGGAUUUCGGAUACAUCUCGGAUUCGCAGGGACUCCCGACCCGGUUUGGUGACGAAGAUGACGUCUUGUACGCGAAGAAGCAAAACGAGAGUGGAGCUCAGCCGCUUUUACCUGGUGGCGUUGUGGGCGGCACCAAUGGGCAACAAAGUCCAUCGGUAGCCAAUGUUAAGCCCCUGCUGGGGCAUGAUAAUGAUUACGAUUAUGAUUACGAGGAAGAGCUGGAGCAUCCGGACGAGAACGAUAGCCACGAUAAGGAUAUCGGUAGCAGCAAUCACAACCAUGACAUAGGAGAUUAUACCGAUAGUUUCGAUGGGGUUGAUCAGAUCGAAAGUUUCGGCGAGGGAAGCGAUACCACCAGUUCGCUUCCGGUUUUCCUCGUCGAGCCGCAAAACACAUAUGUAAUCAAGAAUCGUCCAGCGGUGCUUCAGUGCAAAGCGUCCCAUGCUUUCCAGAUCUCGUUCAAAUGCAGCGGUGGCAACAAGCCCCCACUGACGACCCAGGAGACCCACGUGGAUCCCCACACCGGUGUCCAGCUGCAGGAAGCCUCGACCACGAUAACCCGCGAACAGGUCGAUGAGUUUUUCGGCCGUGGUCCAUUCAAGUGCGACUGCCAAGCCAGAUCCUCGCGGGGUGUCGUCCGGACGCAGCCAGCCACCAUCCAGGUCGCAUAUAUCAAGAGGCAAAUCAGCAUCUCGCCAAAGUCGGUCCGCGUCGAGCUGGGUGGCCGAGCGGAGCUCAUUUGCAGUGUGAACGCCACGCCGGUUGCCAAGAUCGCCUGGUACAAAAACGGUAUCCCCUUGGUGCCGAACCCACCGGUGGUGAUCACCGUCGAGGAUAAAGUGCUGAUCGCACACGUCACCAUGCAGGACAUGGCCAAUUAUACAUGUGUUGCGGAGAACAUCGCCGGCAAACGCGUCUCGGAACCCGUCAGCCUGACUGUCUACGUUGACGGCGGCUGGAGCUCUUGGGGUCCCUGGACCGACUGCAAAUGUCCCGGUCACCCGAAGCAAGGUCAAAAGCGGUCCCGGGUGUGCAACAACCCGCUGCCGCUGAACAGUGGAGCUCCGUGCGUUGGCCACAACACCGAAACUACCUCGGACUGUCUGCCCUGUACAGCCGGCCGCUGGUCGCAAUGGUCCGACUGGAGUUUGUGUACACCGGACUGUACUCAGACCCGUCAUCGGUACUGCAUCGGUGGGCCCAUCGCAGCUUCGUCCUCCGUGUCCUCGGCAGCGGCCGCCCUGCUGGUGGCCAACUCAUCCACCGGUGCUGGCCAGCACGACAAACAACAACCAUACGAUGGCAGCACCAUCAAUUGCGUCGGCAAAAGCCUGCAGACGAUCUCGUGCGCCGGAGGGGCCUGCAACUACAGCGUCCAAGGAUCAAAUUGGACCAUCUACGUGGGACUGGCCUUCACCGCGGCGGUUUGCAUCGCCAUUGGUGCCACCCUGACGCGGAUUGCUCGUCGGAAGAAGACCAUCCCCGCAUACGAUCUUGCACGAUCAGAAAUGCCGUCCGAGUACUUCCCGAACGAGAGCAAGAAGCUAACCCAUUUUCAGCCCGAUUUGACGCAAAAUACGGUGGCCAUAAAUUACGAGUAUCCCCUGACGCCGCAUCACCAGCAGGCCACCCCCCAGCACCACCAGCAUCUGCUCCAGCAGCAGCAAUCACAGCAUCACGGAAUCCUCCCAGGAGGACAACAGCAACCGCCGCCGCCACCCCCGUCCUCUCAUCCGGGUGGGAAUUCGCUCAAAAGCUCGCUGCCAUUCCCCCGCUCCAGCUCCGAGCAUCACUACGAUGUGCCACACCUGUGCAAUAACUACAUCUACCCGCUAGACAAAAUCAGCAUCAAUGAAUCAUACUCAUCGUCCAGCUACUCGAAGCGGGUCUGCAGCGUCGAAUCGCUGGCCACCUCGACCAACACAUCGGGCGAAUCAAACUACGACCACGCGCUGCUGGGCAACUCCACCCUCCCGGCGGCGAUCGAUCAAACACCGAUCGGCAUUCGGGCGGCUGACUACACCCAAAUGACGCUAACCCCGGCCGGUACCCUGAUGCGCCUCAACACCUACUCGGUGGCACUUCUGAUACCCGAAGGAGCCAUCUCGAAACACCAAAAGCAGAACGUGGUCCUUUCGAUCGUCAGAGAUGACAAAUUCUCCAUCCAAAUCCCCGGCUCGAGGGUAACGUUUCUCAGUCCGGUGGUGCAGUGCGGUCCGUCGGACACCAAGAUCCACAAGCCGGCCGUUCUGAAGAUGCCUCACUGCGCGGAGAAUCUGUCCAACUGGCAGUUCUCGCUGUUCUACUCGCCGGACAGUGUGAGUCGGUGGAGCGAAGUGGUUACCAUCGGUAAGGAGAACAUCAACACGCCAGCGUUCGUGCAAAUCGACAAGCGGUACGCGUACGUGCUGACGGAGUCCUUCGGAAAGUACGUGCUGGUGGGGGAGUCGGCGAACGAUAUCCAGGAGCGAGUGGCGUGCAAAAAACUGCGAAUGUUCAUUUGUGGGCCUUCAACGGUGCCUGAAUUCUCGGAUGUUAGCAUACGAAUCUACAUCGUGGAGGAUAAUCCGGGGGCUGAGGAGCGGUGCCGAUAUUGUGAGCAGGAAAUUGGAGGUGUUUUGCUCGGGAAGAGCACGGUGCUGUAUUUCUCCGACAACUGUCAAGAUCUGAGUAUAGAUAUCAAGUGUGUGGGAGGUUGGAAGGCGAAACCGUUCGGGGAUCGCCAGGUGAUCCCGUUCUCGCACGUGUGGAACGAUAGUAACUCAACGCUGCACUGUAGUUUCACCCUGAGUCGGACGGAGCACGACAAGUGUGACUUCAAGAUCGACGUCCAAGCGAUCCAGGAAAACUGCGCCUUCAACGUGACCCCCUCAACGCUGAGCAUCUCGUCUUUCACCCCUCUCUCGAAAGACGGUAGCAACUGCCAGCACUCAUCAAGUUCCUUCGAAACAAUGACUAUCUGUAGCGUGGGUUCGAGCUCGGCUCACAGCGAACACAAUGUGAUCAACACGGACAAAUUUCGCCUCACCAAGCCGAUGAAGAAGCGGCUUUGCAAAUGUUUGGAUCCACCCACGCAGAAGGGCAACGACUGGCGCAUGCUGGCAGCUCAUCUCCAUGUGGACCGCUAUCUGGCCUACUUCGCAACGAAACCGUCGCCCACCGAUCAGAUCCUCGAUCUGUGGGAGUGCCGGAAUCGGGAUCUGAACGCCGUCUGCAAUCUGAUCGAGAUCUGCCGCAAUAUGGGCCGUCACGACGCGGUCAGCAUACUGCAGGAGAUCCAAACGCCGUCGUGGCUGUAGAUAGGAGUGUGAUAAGCUGCAUAGAAUAUACGUAACGUUUAAGUGACUAGGAAAAACUGAAAACAUUGUAAAUUUUCCGCUCCGUUUCUCUCUGGUUUCUCUCGAUGGCCAAUCGGUAGCGUAAAUUUAAAACUAUCCCGACGCGGUGCAAGUAGCGCGAUUUUGUUUGCCUUGGGGCCCAUCCAAUAACCGGUAGCCGCGCGGUGCGCCAUCGGCCCGAUUGAGAAACUCUAAGCAGUUUGCCGCCGACAGCACACAUCCAACGCUAAUAUAGGUCAAGUCAAUCUUCAUAAAUAUUUAUAAAUCAUUAUCUCUAUCAAGCUCAGUUGGUGUAUUCCCCCCGUUUCCCGGCAGUUCAACUUUAUUAACAAUCUAUCUUCACCCGCGAUGCAAGCAGCAAUUUUCGCGCGCUAACAAGAGUGGUGCGCGCCACGCGGUCAGAAAAGUUCGACAAGAGAGCAACAGCAUCGCAUCGGCUGUUAUUAUUUAAAUUAUUGUUCCACCCUGGCGAUUAUUGCCCCAACUCGAAGCCGCUUUCGCAACAAUACGUAGAGUUCGCGCGGUGGUUGUCUAUACGGGCAUCAACACUUGUGCCGAGGGUCCGCGCAGGACACCCCCUGCUCAUGGGCCUGGUAUUCCCGGCUGAAGCCAACAACUCCCUUCCGAUAAUGGUCGGAGCAAAAACAACCGCCUGCCCUGCGCUCAACUAACGAACGCGCAACUUUCAAUUGCCACCAACCAAGCACCUCAACUUUACUCUCGCUACAGCAGCAUCACGCCCCGGCAUCUAUUUCGCUCCCAAGAAACCCGCCACUGUGUACGAUGACUACGAGCAGUUAAUUGAGUAUUGAUAGCUGAAAUUGAUUUUAUUUUACGAGAUUUGCCUAUCCCGCCCGUACUCGAUCGGUUCGAAUCUUUCCUGGCUCGCGGUGAGCGAGGAGCGUGGAAGAGGGGUGGUGAUGACGGGAAUUGGCUUUACUUUGUGAUUGAGAUGUAUUUACUGCGGACCGAGGAAUGGGGCAUCUAUGGAUAGCUGUAAUUUGAUUAGGUUUUUUUUAUCUAUCAACCAAACUAAUUGAUUGUGUGCCGCUCUGAGCAGCGCAAAAACAGACCACCGUUAAUUUGUUGUUAAGCAUUUUGCAAUAUUGAGCCGCUCCUUUAUUAUCGAGAUAGAAAAUGCUUCGUUCGAUGUAAUGCAAUCAGUGAACUCGUCAAGCAAAUUGACCUCGAGCUGAAAAUCAAUUUUGUUUUCAUCGGUUUAGAUAUUGUUCCAAUUUCAAAUUUAUUCAUUUUUCAAGGGUCCAUUUCGACUGCUGGUAGAAUAUCAACAUACCAAGUGUACAAGCACGAAACCGUGCGAUUUUUGGAAUGUGAACCGCAGCGGGAGAUUGAUGUAAAACACAUUCAGCGGCUUUCGACGGCUUCACUAACUGCCAUUACUAUAUUUUUAUAGACGAAUGCAAGAUGAGUACAAGGUGCAACUGUUUGGACAGUAAGCGGAUUAGAGGGGCGAUAUAUAAAGACAGAAUUAUGGAAAACGGAAGAGGUGAUGUUUACCUGAGCGAGCGGAACAGAGAAGUUGAUCCCAGACAUCUGAAAUAUUGCAUUUCCCGAUAAUUUGGGUGAUAUUCGAGAAUCCGCAGCUACAUGACCGCAGAUUGGUUUUCACGUAUUGGCUCACCUGAUAGUACAUUUCUUAUUGCCUUGCUUCCUGUGCGCCUUUCAAAAGCUUAUAAACGGUAUAAACUCUAAAGUGCGCUACACAUAAAAUGUCCCGUCACCGUUCGCUCAACUAUUCUCUUGGACUUAUUUUGCCGACGUCGAGGUUGCCGUUGCUGGUGUACAUGAAUGCGACCAUAUGAUUUCCAUGUGAAAAUAUUAGACAUAUCAUUCGAUUACGUUGACUUUACGGUGACGGAACGUUGUACGUGUAGCGCACAUAGCGUAAGAAUACGCUGGACGGCUCUCCCGCGCGGAUUUUGCAAGCGCAUUUCUUGGAUGGUUGCGAAUUCGCCAGAAUUCCCACAUGUGCUUCCAAGUGGCGAGUUUCCAAACGUCGUCCCUUUUCGUUCGCCUAGAUCAGGGUUUCUCAAAGUGGUCGAUAUCGACCCCCUGGGAGCAUUUGACAUUUAUAUACUUUUACAUCUAUUUAUUGACGUGGGACUACGUCUAACCGGAAUAUAUGGGGGAUAAAAUGAAAACCUAAAUACAGAACAUACAGGAAAAAAUGAAAGAUUCCAAAUGCUUAUCACUCGAACAUUUCUUACUGGAUCGGAAAUAUGUUUGCAUCAAUUGAUAGGGAAUAUUUCUACGCUUCUAUCGCAAUUAAUAAAAUGAUACUUUUCAUUAGAUAAACAAUUGAAUAACUGAAAAAUGUUAAGCGUUAUUUAAACGCCCUAACUGCCGCAUUUUGAUUUUGAGCCUUGGGGAAAUCGGCAUUGCAAAUAUAUGAAGGUAUCGGGACUUUUGCUCUCACCGAAAUAUGUUCCCUAACACAAACUUCAAGACCAAACAGCGUUGGAGAGAUCGGCAUUCCAAAUACAUGUAACAUUUUUGUUCCGACUGAAAUGUGUUUUGCAGACUUCAAAACGAAGAUGUCUGGGGAAAUCGGCUCAGCAAAUAAAUGCAAACUGCGAGUACUUUUGUACUCGCUUGCCUUUGUGCAAACUAGAAUAUGUUUCCUUAAAACGGUCUUCUGGGGGUACUUCUGCACUCGCAUUUUUUUUUUUUGCACUCCGAAAAGUGUUUUCCUAACACGGAUUACAAAAGCGGGUACGAACACCACACUUUGGCUCGGUUAUUCAAGAUUGCAUUGAAGGAUAUGCCUUCAUAUCUUCUGCUCACUGAAUUCCUACGCAUACCAUUUGAUGAUUAGGCAAGAUGUUGAUAACCAAUUGCUGCGAUGACGCCUAUUGAUAAAACAUUAUGCGUUCGACGUACAUGUCAAAAUCGAAACUGAGUGCCUGAAGUUCAUCAAAUCGAGCAAGUUCGCGGUUCGAGAAAUACGCACAUUUGAGAGAUGCAAACUUCAGAAGGGAACGUAAAAUAAAAUAAUCGUUUGAUAAUUCUUCCGUUCACAUAUUUUGUCCUAGGCAUCAUACCAAACGUAAAAGGACUGUCAUUAAAUUUACUUGUAACGAAGAACAUAAUCUAUCACAAUGCAUGAAUUGAUCUUAUAUGUAAUUAUACAAUCUUUUUACUCACAAAGCAAAUAUAUUGAAUUCAAUUGAAUUCGGGAAUUUUUUCAUUCAAUCAAAAAUUCAAUCAAUACAAACAAAUGAUUGCUACGCUAAGAUAGCCCCACGUCAACCUUGCGGUUAUAUCAUAGAUAUAACCUACCCAUUUUUUUUUUUUAGAUUUUUAAGACAAAAUGAUCUCAAGUUAACCCGAUUAACCCACGGUUCCCAGACUUCAGACUUUGAUAAAGCAUCCAGAUAUCAAGACCGUCCUUUGUCUAGACCAGACUUUCCGCACUGUGCCAAGAUUUUUCCAGAUUAAAAAAAAUCUGCAAUCACAUUUGACUUUAUUGAGUUGGUUUAGAAAACUAGUUUACGCUAGAAACAAUUAUUCUAAAUGGCAUCACUAAUUUCACCGAAGGGAUUAGGAGCGCAGAGCACUGAUAAACAUGCUGGUUUCUACAAAAUAUGUAGUAAAGACAUACAUUGUCUUGGGGGAUUGACGAAUUUCUUAAAGCAUGCUGCGACUGAGAAGUACAAAAGCGACUGCUGUGAUCACGAGUAUUCUCGGAUAUGGUCAACACGAGGAGCCCAUUAGUCAUUUGCGAAGCAAUCCGUUCAGUUUAAUUUCCGACGAAUCGACGAAUCUGUCGAAAAAAUAGUCACUAGCCUUGAGGUAGCAGUGCACUGUUUGUCCGGAGGUCAAAUAAUUGGCACUUUUUGACAGAUAAAAAGUUUGGUUUGAAAUUUAUACAAACAAUAUUUGGUUUGCCACUCUUCAAUAAUCAACAGUGGUAGACAAUGUCAAACAUCGAACAUGGAAAAAACCGACUGAAAUAUUUAAGGUAACCUAACCAUGUACCGACAGGUUCGGAGAGCAGACCAAACAAAUAUUUUAGGCAUCCAAUAUUUUUAGGCAACUGCAUAUGCUUGUGCUUGUCGUGUUUUGUGUCGAAUAUAUUGAUCGAAUUUCAUCUGUUAAAAUGAGUCAAAUAUUUGACUUUGGUCAAACAGUGUAUGAGCAUCCUUAGUAGCCAGAAUUAGCUAUUGAAAUACAAGUUACCAAGUUAUACAAGUUACCGAAACGGAUUCUAGAACGUUGUAUAACGAAAUGGUUUCGUUGUUCAAAAGGGACAUGGCAAUGACUAUGACUUCUUCACCAGGUAACUCACUUGGCGCAUUGCUUAAAAGAGAUUGUUCAUCGCUUUUCAUUAUGAAGAGUAUUUGCUAUAGUUCUGGCUUAUGCUCUUCGUAUGCGUGUAAGCAUAUUCCAGAUGAAGUUGAGCAAACCACUAGCUGUCUUAGAAGCAGUCCCUUGCGGACUACUGAGUGUGAUGAGAUUCAGAAAAUUCUUGAAAUUAUGCAAAGAGUGCUUGUCAAAUAUGAUUCACUCCGAAUCUGCCUUAGAUUUCUGAAACAUAUUAAUCUUGUUGAGAACGCCUAAGUGGUAGACUAAUAUUUAUUUGACAUUUUUGUCAUACAUACUCAAAAUGAUUAACUUAUUAGGUGAGAGUCCUACCGAUUCUUCGUUCGAGGAUUUCACGAUUUUUCCGCACGGUAUUGGAUAUUUUUUUCUUAAAAGAGUUCAUGCAAACGCUAAAACAUCUGAAUAAAAAUGCGUUUGAUCAACAAAAUACAUAAUACAUUUGACUCGGUUAUGAUAAAUCUGGCCAUGCUGGACCAUGCAUCAGAAGAAAACAUCAAGCCAUUAUACGCUUACUGGAAAUUUUCCUACUCUUUCCAGAGGAAUAAUUCAGCCAAUUGAUGAGGAAUUCAGAGAGCUGCAAUGUUGAUUUUUCAAACUAUUCUCCGGAUGUAGUCAUGUUUUGGGGUAAAGUUUUUGCCACAACUACCCGUAGUGGUGGAAUGGCAUUCCCGCAAUUAAGAAAAUAUAUGCCAAAAAUUUACUGAACACAGAGGAAAGUGGUUUGGUACACAUGUCUGCAGCCAUCAGGUUUAAGUAUAAUGCGUCGAUAUAUGAUGAGAAAAAAUAACGGUUAAAUCAUGUUUUACAGUGUUGAUUGAUUGAUUGUGUUGAAAUAUAUUUUAAAUUUUGCAGUUCUAGUCCUGAGAAGGGCCCUUGUGGACAAAUUCAAUCCAAACUCCUUCUUCACCUGCCCUGAGAAAGACACUUCGUUGUCAUUACUCGUCAGCAAACCGUGUCCGCUUCCACACACAUCAAACGACGUUCUCGUGAUAAUGUUCAAUAAAAUUCUCAAUUCAAUAUAAAAAAAUCCAGACAAAUCCCGACUUUCGGUUUUCUAAUAUCCAGAUUUCGGUUCAAUACACCUAGCAGUUCUGGCUUAACCCUUGAUAAGGCUGUAGAAAAUUGGUAUGGAAUCGAUUCAAACACAUUAUUCUUGAUAAAAAAUAAAUUAUUUAAAAAGUUGGAAAAAUUUGUGGUAAUAUAGUUGCCACUGCCCGUUAACCACAAAACCACUGCUCACCGAUGCCUUUUAAGCUCAUUUUAGCUCGAGUGCAGCGAAAACGCAUUUUUUUUUAAAUAGAAUUGGAACAGAAUUUUUUGCCGGCGCUCUGAAAUCGCGUUUUUUUUUACUUAAAAAAGAUUAUGUACAUACAUUACAUACAGUACAUUUUUAGCAGCCCUAAAUAAUUGAAGUAUUGCCAGAUACUUUUAGAGGUCUUUGCAAAAUAUUGAAAUAAUAUUCGAAGUGCGGCAAAAAAAAUCUGUGGGUGACAAUAUAUGUAGUUGUUACGGCCUUAUAACAUGUUAAUCAACCGCAGUCUCUAAAUUAGUAAGAAUUUUGUAUGAAUAAGACAAAAACGAGAAAUAGAUUUUUGUUUGAAAAAUUUUAUUAUAAGGGUCUAAGGUAUCACUUAACUCUGGAAAAGAGGUCUACUGCCCAAAAUAGUUUGAGAACCCCUGGCCUAGAUCCAUGCCGAUUAUUCCAUUUCGAUUUUUACUCUAGAUUUCUCGUAGUUAUUUUAUAUUUCGGCAAGCUGCCUCACUAGAGCCUCGCGACAAGGCUGCCGUCUUAGGUGUUGUAGACACCGCAUUUCAUAGGUCAGCCACCCGUUCCGGGUCAGACGAUGAUGCACACCGCCCCUAACAUGGAGGACAGACGCGUGCAGUUCUCCUUAUCAGUCUCCAUUCCACCAAAGAUACCAUCGAAGUUUAAACCCGAUCUACCCAAAAGUAGCUCGUCCCCCUCUGAUACCACUGGUAAAUUGAUAUAGGAUGGGAAAUAACCAAAGAUUUUCAACCGCUCUAACAGCCGCUUCUGCCAACAACAACUGCGAUCAUUUGUAGCAACGCUUCUGCCUCAUUUACCGAUUUCCGUUUCAGCUUUGCUUCCGAAAACCUCAAAAUGUUCACUUCUCACCUCUUCAUCCGUGUUUGGUUUUUUCGGUUGUAGUUAAAACUAUCCGAACCUAUCUGUGGACCUUUAUUUCAUCAGGUUAGUUGGCUCGCAACAUUAAUCUUGUUUGGCACCCUAGACCGUUCGGAUAGCUGCGACCACCUGACGAUUUCUUCGAUACGGAACGAUACGAAAGCCUUGUACUUCCGUGGAUCGGAGAUUAUCCAAGAAUGAAAGGUGCGUGAAUCCAUCCGGUAGAACAUCUACGGCCACCCUCAAUAGGAUCCCAGUCAUAGGAUCAGUGGUGCCACGCUUACUUUCGCUUGCACCAAUGUACAAUGUAUCCGACACAUCCUUAAACCUUUCUGUUGGCAUAUUCAGUCAUCGAAGUGGUAUGGUGGUGUCUGCAGUUCUAGUGAAUCAAAAAGAUUCAUGAUGCAGCUGAACCCUUCACUACACAGUACUGAUCUCGAAACCGUCCAUGCAAUGAAUUAAUCUCACCUUGCAGGACAUCUUCUUCGAAGAUGUUGGUACUGUCCAAAUAAUUAUCCUCAUAAUCCUCUAUUAUAUGCCGCAAGUGACGUUUGAUAACAAUGUUUCUCGGUUCCGGUUCCCGGAGAAGCACCUUACUUAUGACCACGUCCGAUUUUUCUUAGAACUGUUCAACAAAAUCUCGAGCGUUUACUUACUUUUUUCCUUAUAAUAGUGACUUUCGACCGAACAUCCAAAAUUAAUUUUUAGCACAUGUUUCGGCAUCCCGAUUUGUUACAUCAUAUGAGCCUAAAAAUAACAAAAAAUGUGCUACUCCCCCUUGCUGGUAUAUCAUUAGUAUAAUCACCCCUACUCUGUAUUUGGAUCGAUUCGAAAUAUUUCGAACAACUUGAUAAAUUUCCAUUCUGUCUUCCGUUAGAGUUAUUUUUGCAUUUCGUUCGGUCUGUUUCUCUUCGAAUAUUAAAUGGGCAAAACGUUCGAAAUAGGGAAUGCGAAAUCAUAACUCGAACGAAAUAAUGGUUUCGAACGAAAUGGAAAUCCGUCGGAAUACAGAAUACAUGUUAUAGCAAUAUAAGACCAAUAUGAGCGAGCGAAACAAAAGACACAUUCCAAAUAAGCACGAAUUCAAGCUUUUCGCAUUUACACGUUCCAGACCGAGAAGGACGUUUCACGUUUAUGUUCUCCUUUUUACUCUUAGAAAACAAAUUUCCUAUUUGGAUUUCAUACAUCGUGUUGGUGAUGCAAUGAUGAACGCAGGUGAUGCAUUUCACUGGAGGCGGCUCUUGCCAAAGCAUCUGUGGCUGGUUAACUAUCAGCACAUGGAGCAACUGUUCAGAGAGCUCGAGCCAGCGCAUCAACUUGUCAGUUGGGUCGGUUAACAAUUGAUCAGUGGCGUCCUUCACAAACAUUGCUGCACUUGGAGAGCGACUAGCUACGAAGAUGGCGCAGUCCAUUACGUAAACUUCAUUCUCAAACACGAACCGCUAAGCUUGUUGAUCAUCUGCUCGAAUCUGAAGUGGCUGGUGAAAAGAAACCUCCAAACCAGACGUGAUGUUCCCGGAAUGAGUUUAUCUCUAAAUGUUAAUUAGUCCGAUCGUAUCCGAUCCUUGGAAUUCAGCGAGACAGCUUUCCCUGUGCCAAGCGAAGCUUUCUCGAUUUCUUCUUUAGUUGAGCUUGACUCUUUCUUCGUUAAGUUGUGACUCCUGAUAAUGGACUAUCAACUGCCUUACUGUCUCUUCCAGUUGGGGACUCAUCACCGAUUUCAGAAGAUGGUGUAACUCUUUACUUGACAACCCGAUACACGAAUGUUGUCCCACAAAACCAACUUCAUCCUUCAUCUUGUGGUCCGUAAAAUGUCCGGUCUAGUUUCGAAAGAACCGGAACCGGAUCGCCUGGUCGACCGAUACGCGAUUCUAGUGGUGCUAACAAUUGAAUAUCCCAAUGUCCAAUCAAAAUCAUCCAAUUCACUGUAGUUUUCGACUCAACGAACAUCUGUCGUUUUUUCUCCAGCUCUAUCGCAUUCACACCUUCAUACCUUUUUGUGCUGGGUUCCACCCAGGGUUGCCAAAAAUAUUUUUCAAAAAACUGGAAGAUUGCUCCUUAAAAAAACUGGAAGAAAACUGGAUCACGUGAAACCGAGUCAUUUUAAGAAAAUCGGCUAUGAUUUAUCUAAAAUGACUUUUUUGCCCCAGAGCUGCAAUUUGUCACAGUCACUGCAUAUAUUUGGGCUACUAUGACGACCAUUGCAACAUUACCACCAAACGACGUGCAACAAAAUAUAAACCGACAAAACAAAUUCCUCACUCUUUGAUGCUAGAUAGUUUGUCAGAUUGUUUUGACCAUCAAAGAAUGUUGCAAGUCAGCGCACUUUGAUCGUCAAGACAAGAAAUACCAUGUCACCUGAUAUAAUGGAGGUUUACACGUUUACCAGGAUGCAUUUGUUCACGUUGUUACCUGAAUACCAUUCUUAUAUAAAAUGCUAAAACUUCCAGGAGGACAAUUGAUAUAACUGAGUCUAAACGGACUUUCAAAUGCGUGAUUUUCGAUGUCAGGCAGAAAUUUUAACGAAAAGAGAAAUUUCUUCAUUAUGUCAGCAUGUGGAGAUUGUUCAAGUUUUGGACAAUUAUAUAUUCCGUUGCCUAAAUGGUUUGCAAUCGCUCACACGUUAUCGCGUGUUCACCAUAGUAUUUACUUCAGUAAAUACAAGAAGCAACAACCGGAAUGAAAACCGAAGCUUUGCUCGAUGAAAAUAAAAUGCAAUCUGCGACAAUCAUCAAUUCAUUAUGGACAAUUUUACCGCCUACUUGAUCGGUCAAAGCGUAUUAACAAAACUCUGUAACAGGCAAAUUGUUGCAUCGUACUCUGUCAGUCACCAUUCGACCGAGAAUUAUGUCAGUAGGAAGUGACUAACGUGCCUCGUCAGUUGUCAGUGACAUUGAUGAAAAAAUGCAGCUCUGUCCCUAACCCUAUGUUACGUUUGACGUUUCUGCGUGGUUUGUUUCGGCUCUAAUUCGUUAACAUUUAAAAAGGGACAUGUGUAAAUUGCAACGAAUGUGAACUGAAACAAACCGCGCAAAACUGUCAUACUGACGUCUCCGUAUAUUGAUCUAUUGAUCUAUAUAUUGGAACACCGGAAUAAUUUUUAUUUAGGUCGUACUUGCUAUGUUAUAAUAUAGAAGAUAAAAAAUAUUCCUGAAUUGAGCAUUCAAGUAGGUCACGUUUAACCUAGGUAUAUCGUUGUAGCUGAAAAUAAACAAUGUUUCGGCAACCCUAACAGGAACGAAUAUAAUACCUCGAAAAGGUUUGGAUUAGCAUAAGAUACGAUGUAAAUUACCAAAGAAAAAAAUCCUAAACAGCUCUCCUACACUAUUAUUUCAAUACUCAAAUAAGCACAUCCAAUUCCAAAACAACACUGCUCAAGUAUUACUUCCGAAUUGAAUUUAUCAAAUAUUGAUUUUGAAAUGCUAUUUCUCUCCAUUUCUUUUGUAUUAUUCUUUGGUAUUCUACUUCAUAUAGCAGGCUUGUCUGAACCAAAUUCUAGUAUCAAUUUUGAUCAAAAUGAGGUAUUCCUAAAUAUUUCCUCCUGAAAAUAUGCAUAGUAUACGUACUUGCCAAAUUAACACUAUGGUGUAUAUGCAGUUUAUGCGAAGUAUGCAUUAUCUAUUUUUAUUACGAACUAUGCGUCAAAUAGGAGAGUUUAGACUAUGCGUAAUACUUAUGCUGUUUGGAACUAAAAAUCCUUUGAGUGAGCAUGAGAAACUAAUAUCCAAUUGAUCUAAAUGGAAACAAUGUUGUUUGGAUUUGAUAUUCAUGUCAAUUAAAGUCAAUGGAAGAAAUAGGCUCUAUGAUCAUCUGAACCUUAUAAUGUUUUGUCGGAGUAUUUAUACAUUGUAAAUUUAGUUAACAUAAAAUGGGUAAAACUGAAGCAAACAUAUAAGAAACUGGAUAAAACUGGAUAAUUUUCCAAAAAAAAAACUGGAAGUUUUUAGGAGUGAACUGGAUGACUGGGUCGAGAAAAAAACUGGAAGAAUCCAGUGUAAACUGGAACAUUGGCAACGCUGGUUCCACCGCAUAGUACCGGCAUAAAGCCUGUUUCAGUUAGUAUUUGGCCGCAUAAAGCAGGACAUUUCUCAGCAUAGAAACAGCGAACAAAAAAGGGAUGUCAUUUUGUGGAUGAUUUCAUCAAUUUUAAGGAAGAAAAACAUCGAAAUUAUUCGUCAGCUGUUCAGAUAAAUUUUCGAACUUGUCGAGUGAUACCACCCAUCAUUUUCUGUACAGUACUGCUGUUAACCUAUUUGCUAUCUUAUUCCAUUUCUCCAUUUGAGCUGGUUUUUCAUGGUUCUGCCACAUUUUUUUAGUUUGCCUUUGAUCAUUUCCAAUAUCUCUCGUUAGGUCGUAAUGGCAAAUUGCCAAGUCAGGCCAGAACUUCACCGGACCUUUGAGAGAUCGAGUGCCAAAGAUGCCAAAAUCCUGUUCUGAAGAUACUUCACACAACUACAUCAACCUACGAACAAAUUUAUCUGCGUAAACAAAUUUGAACCUACCCGCAACAUCCCCUUUACGCUUGGCAAGGUAAAAUUUAUUUUCGGCUCCGGUCCGAAGUGCAUUUUCACGUAUGUUUGAACGUCCAUCAAAAUGCAUCCUUUGUACUUGGAGUGCUCCCGUGGCCGAGUGGUUAGCGUCCCACAUUAUCAUGCCGGGGGUUCGGGUUCGAUGCCCGUUCUGAUCGGGGGAAUUGUUCGUCAAAGAAAUUUCCUCCGACUUGCACUGUGGUCGCGCGUAUUCAUGAGCUUGCCACUCCAGAAUACAUUCAAGGUGUUUUAUUCGGCAUAGAAAUCUCAAAUAAGUACUACUAAGGGGCUGUCCACAUACCACGUGGACAGAAAAAGCACGAUUUUAGACUCCCCCCCUCCCCCUCCGUGGACAAGCGUGGACAUUGACUAUACCCCUCCCCUGUUGUCCACGUGGACAUUCUUCCAUGUAUUUCAAUUGAAAAAAGGAAAUAAUUGCAUUGUGCCUAUACCGUUUUGUCUCAAAUUUCGAACACUUAAUCUUUUUUGGUCAUUAAACAGUGUCUCAUUAUUUAAAAUGGUACUUUUUCGCGAAAUUAAUGUGGUUUUUGGAUACAAUAGAGCCUUUCUCUCAUUUGGCUACCAUAAAAAUUAAUUUACAAAUUCAUAUUCAUGGUGAAAAACUAAAAAUAUGUUUGAUUACAUUUGUCCCAAAAUGCAUUUUUUUUUUAAAUCAUAACUUUUGAGCUACUAGACCGAUUCAGAUGAUCGAUAUAUCAAAUCAAAGCGAAUUAUCUAUUAUUCUUUGGGAAAAUAUAACAUUCCCAAAAAUUUGGAUAUUGUGCUGCAAAACUUGAUUCAAAUUCCGAAUUUGCUAACGCAAACAUUUUAUCGCUGGUUUUGACAGUCACUUUUUUGCAAAUGCUUAGUAUUUUAAAUUAUAUACAGUAUCGAAGAAUAUUUUUUAUUCAAUUAUUGAAAAUAUUAAAGUUCAGUAAAUUUACAUUUAAAAAUGAAGUGUUCGGAAUUUGAGACAAUACGGUAUUCAAUUUUAAAUUAGUCUUACUUUGUAUUUGGUGUUUUUGAAUGAUAAAAAAGAAUUCAAGAAAAAGCAUGUUUUUUUUUGUUAAUGGAGACUAAAAAUCUUUCGAUUCAUUCGUCUCCGCAAAUCACAUACUCAAAAAAUUAAGUAGGCAAAAGUUCAAAAGGUUCUCAACUGUACUUCGUCCAGCUACAGUAUCUCAACUUGACUAUCGUUAUCAGCCCAAUACAAAACCUUUUCCGUCAUCGUUGGGAAAAUUUUCAGAGGACGCGUUCCAUUCCAUAUAUCGGCUAAGAGCGCUUUGAAAAUAUGUUUUAUUAACAAAUUCCCAGCAACCAUUCUGCAUUGAAUAUCCAGAUGAUUUCUAGAGUGCUUAUGAGACAAAAUGACACUAAACAAUUCUCUUUCUUUCGAUGCAACGCAAACUGAUUUACUUUGGGGGCCUGCAACAUUGAAAUCGUUUUACUCUGAUGAUAAUCUUAAAUUGAAAAAAAUAAUGCCAAUGGGCUUUAUUAGUACUAACGGUUGUUAUUUUUUUUUUCAUUCAUUCAUUUAUGUAGUAUUUAUUACACCUCCUACUACUAAUAUAUCUGAGAGUUUGAAAAUAUGUGGAAUCGUUGGCUUCAGGAAACGCUCGGUAAUGGCAAUUGUAUGAAAUGGUGGGUCAAAGUUACUAAAACAAAAAUUCGUUCUUUUUUCAUCCCAUUUGUUCUAAUGCGUAUGGAAAUCUGUUCUAUCAUUUAUGCUAUAAUCCCAAUAUUAUAACUGCCCAAAAAUACCUAAUCCUUCAAAAUCGGUUUUCGAAAACAUUCGAAAGAAUCAACGACAAAUACAUAUUUGCUUUUUUAAUGAUUUGAACGUGGAGAUUGUUUCCAACGCAACACACAAAACCGCCAUUGAUUCCAUCCGACAUUAGGGUUGCACUCUAAAAAAUCCUACUAAAAUUACAAACAUUUCUUCGGUGACUUCAAAGGACUGUACCACAGUCAAUAGUGCCUAAAAUGCUCCAAUUUGAAGAAAAAUAUCUUCAAUGCGUUUAAUUCCAUAGAACGUAGAUUUGUCAAGUAUAAUUACAAAUAUAAAGCAUUGUGACUUCGACCAUAACAUUGAUCGUAUUAAUUGGAUUUGCCUCUUGGCUAUGGUGCAGAUGUUGUAAUCUAAUCCCGGAUUCAAAGCCUCCUUGAAAAAAAAAACACAACGGUCGUAAUAACAUUUGCUAAUUCACAGAAAUCUCACAUGUAACAUCCUAAUCUUUCGUAGGACAAAGUGAUCCUUAAAAAAUUGCUCUCCGGUGCUGAGCACACCUAACGCAGCUAUUUAAAAGAUAACGUCGCAAAAUGUAUGCUAAAUUCGGGAAACAUUUGAGAACGAGGGUACUGCCCAUCAGAAAAGGUGGACUGAAUCUGCUUCUUUCAGUACAGAGUUCUACGCAUGAACUCUGUUUUUGAGUAGGUAUUAUAAAAUUUUGUAUAGCACUCGUUUCGCUAAGUCCUUCUCAAAUUAUUUGAAAAAUCCUCUAAAUAUUCCGUUCAUUUCAUCAUGUUAUCAACAUUCCACAUGUACUCUGCAGAUAGAAAUGUAUCAGCAGUUCACCAUGUAAAAUUUACUCUCACGUAGACCUGGACCUAUAACACAGAGAUCAGUUUAUGCUCAAAUAUGACGUAGCUUAGAAGUUGAAAACAAUUAUCUUCUACUACCAAUAGAAGCUUGAUCGCUCACCGAAUUGUCUUAAAAGUUAUCGAUCUUUAUCGCUCCUCUCGCCACUAGCGAUCAAGAAUAGCUCUCCAAAACCAAUCGUAGCUGUUGUUCCGUGAUUUGAGUUUAAAGUUGAAACCAAGGAGCGAAAAUGUUACGUUGGACGUUUUGACUGCCCGCGUUUGCACAUUGGACAUAUUACGUUGCACGAUAAGAAUUUGAAACUAACUACUAAACAACAAUCCAAAAAUCAGCAUUUCGUUCUAAAGACAGAUUAUUAUUGUUAUCACCCGUUGAAUUGAACUGAAAUCGAUAACAACUACUGUAAGAAACAAAAACUCAAAACGACAGAAGUACGACUUCGUGUUGUUUUGACUGCUUUGUUACUUCGGACGUUUCGGGCAUCGGAGGAAAGUGGCGUCGGGUGCUUAAAACCCGAAUUUGUACAUUGGAUAUUUUUUGUAUCGGCGAUAAAAAGAUGAAGAAAGUAGAUACGUGAACGAUUGUUUUUGUAAUACAUUCAAUGAUUGAAGACUAUUAGCGUGCAUCCAUUAACUCGAUUUGUUUACAUUUGUUACAUAGGACCUUUUCAAAAGUUACGCGAGAAAUAUUAUUUUAUGAUUAUAACAUUGUAAUUUGUAGAAAGAACUACAAACCUUCCAUAAGCUCACAUGGCAAAAUUUAAAACCAUCACUUUCACCGCAGCGCCGCCUAGGUGUAGAUUUGUACGUUAGAUCGCCAAUAAACAACCCAUCUGUAACAAAAAGCUGCCAAUUGCUUCUCGAUGCGAUAACUAGAGGCGCUGCAGUGAAUAAAAAUAAGCGACCAAGUAACAAUUGACGAAUUUACGUUGGAUUUACAAUCAGAUGGCGCAGCGAGUAAAAUGAGGAUGUUUUGUUUUUUUGGUAUGAAACUCGUUCAAAUUUUCUAGAAGAAUCAGAAUUUAUCUUCAAAUUUCCUGGUUUCAUGUAUUCUUUCCACGCUGAAAAGGUUAGAAAAUCAUCAUUUUACAAUGUGCUAUGUACAUUACGAGGAAUGGCUUGUUAUAAGUAUUGUAACUUUAAUUUUUUUCAACUAAGUAAACGAUGAAUAGGGCGUUUUGCGCUGCAAAUUGUUCUCGUAUCGGCCCCUACAUAAUCAAUGAUAUCAGCCAAUUUGAUGUGAUAUCGAUUUCAUCGCAGUUAUCCAUAUCCGGUAUCAAUAUCAUUAUCAAUAUCAAGUAUCAAUAACCGGUAUGCAUCAUCAAACAUAAAAUUUUCGAAGAUUAUCUAUGACUUUGGUCAAAUCGCGUGUUGAAACCAUCGUAAAUAUACAAAACUCCAACUUUCUUACCAUAUACUGACGACAUUCAAUGGCUGAAAUGAAUGUAAAUUGAAAUAAAAUAAAUAAUCACCACCGAAUCUUGCUUUUCAGUGCGUGAAAUAAACAUACACCCUCACUUUUGUGGUUCUGAGUUCUAAUGUAGAUGUCGCAUGAGCUGAUUCAGCAUUGCGUAAAUUCGUCAAUUGACGAAUCGGUCUGAUGCGUUUCACCGGAAACGGCUCUUGCCGAGGCGUCUGUGGCUAGUUGACUAUCGGCACUUGGUGCAACAGUUCGAAGUGCUCGAACCAGCGUUUUAAUUGGUCAAUGCGACUCUUACGUCCCGUCUAUACAAUCGUUUACCUUUCCGCUUGGGGGUUCUCUCGCUCACCGCUGGGGAGCGCUUGAAUCGUCCGACAGUGUUCCCAUCGGUGUCGCAACAAAACCGGUUGGUCUACACCUGGAUUAUACUAACUAAACCCGUAGCAAUCAAUACUCAACUAUUGCAUCGUUGCACAGACGGUUCUUUCCCCCAAAAAUACGACAAAUCGAGCGCAAGCUGCAAAUAAUACCACAAACGAAUGUUGAGAAAAAAAAUUGUUAAGACUGAACUUGUAGAUAAAAACAAUAGAAGAGAGAGGAUUCUAAAACGAAGCAUAUGCAUAUUCUUAUAUAAAACAAAAAAAAAAACUAAAAACGAAA